UCCAUCAUUCUCGACCUGCAUUCGCAAAAAGUAGGACUGGGAAACAUGUUGAACAACAUGGAUUUGAGCUCUCAGCAUUAUUUUUAUUCCUCGUUUGAAAAUGGCUGCAGCCCUUCCCUUGGGAUUGAGACCAUCGGGCCAAUGGCAAACCAAGAUUUGUGCAUGGACACUGAGAGGGAAUCACCUGUCCACUUCCAUCAAGGCUGUGCAACUAAAGACCCCAAAGCUGAAACAUCGAACUCGGAUUUCUCCUUUGAUCCUAGCGAAGACUCUAACGGUAGCUCCGCACCGUCUUUCGACUACUCAGGAAGCUUCUAUGUUGAGACGUCACAGGGGGCACCGUGCAGCGCGGAUAUGCUCCUCAACAUGAUUACAGAAAUAGUUGGGAUAUCCACGCAACCCAUCGCUGAAAUUCUGCACAACGGACCCGAGUCUCUGAUUUCUUCUUCCCCGCCGCUGGAUGCAGGACUCCAGAACCAAGCGUCCACUUGCUCUGUGGGUAGCUCUUCUCCAGCACUAUAUUCGCCAGAACAAAUCUGCCAUGGUUACAAUGAGGUUCAGACUAACCUGCAUGAAUCUACACUGGCCCAAACGAAUGUUGGUGUCUCUGCUGCGGACCACGGCCAGAAGCAUAUACAACCCGAGGUGGUGACAUUUCCAGGGAUCGUUAAGAAUGAGUUCGAGAGCAGUUGUUGCCAGUGGAACCCAUUCAAUAAAUCCGAUUCUACUUUGCCCACAGAUUUAGAGGCAGAAUUAUUCCAAAUAUCAAAUUGCUGUCCUACUGAACAACAAGUGGAUGUGAAAGACUUCAUUGACUUGUUCUCUCCCAUCUGCCCUACCUCAGAAACUGCCUGCAAGUUAGAUGGCCCGAUUAAGCAGGAGCAGUGCUUCACUGAUAACUGUGCGCAGAGUAUUCCUUACUCAUCUUUCACCAACUACCAAGCGCCGGCCAUGGAUGUCGCAAAAAACACUAACGGCAUUUUCAAGCCAGAUGUUUUUCCCACUGUCGGAGUUGAGACUCUGACAAAUCAGUGCGAAUUAGCUUACACCUCGUCCGCAUUAUCCAGCACGAUAGACGAACUUCUUUAUUCGUAUCUGCCGGACACUUUCACAAGGGAUGGCACGAAUAUGGAGAAACAACCCCGUAUGAGAAAAAGCCCAGCCAACCCUAACGGGCCAGCCAAAGUGAAACCCUUCACGUGUCCUGUGGACAACUGUGACAGGCGCUUCUCCCGAUCGGACGAGCUCAAUCGACACAUUCGCAUUCAUACAGGGCACAAGCCUUUCCAGUGCCGCAUCUGCCUGCGAAGCUUCAGUCGUAGCGACCACCUGACCACGCACACCAGGACUCACACUGGAGAGAAGCCGUUUUCCUGCGACGUCUGCGGCAGAAGGUUCGCCAGAAGCGACGAGAGGAAAAGGCAUGGGCGCGUACAUCUUAAACAGAGGGAGAAGAUGGAGCUGAAGGCGCAGCUGAUUACCGCUCCCAUGUGUUCCUUCACUUUUCCCGAAGGAAUCUGA